AUGCACCUCCCACUCUUCCUUCUUGGCCUCGCGGGCCUUGCCGCGGCGACUCCUAUGGGGCUCGCGGAACGCCAGUUUUCCGAUGGCAAUGAACUGCGCCAAGGCUCUUGCAAGCCCAUCAUCUUUAUCUUUGCCCGGGCGUCUACCGAGCCUGGCUUGCUCGGUAUCUCCACUGGUCCUGCAGUCUGUAACAACCUGAAAAUGGCCAAGGCCGGCCAGGUCCUCUGCCAGGGCGUGGGACCUGCCUACACGGCAGAUCUCAUGUCCAAUGCUCUACCUGACAACACUUCCCCUGCGGCAAUCAGCGAAUCCGAGAGUCUCUUCAAGCUGGCUGCUUCCAAGUGCCCAGACAGUCAAAUCCUGGCGGGUGGAUAUAGUCAGGGAACAGCGGUUAUGGAUGACUCCAUCAAGCAACUCCCAGAUGACGUCAAGGACAAGAUCAAGGGUGUCGUGCUGUUUGGAUACACCCGAAAUGCUCAGGAGCAUGGCCAGAUUGGUAACUUCCCCAAGGACAAGGUCAAGAUCUACUGUGCCGCAGGUGAUAUGGUCUGCGAUGGCACUCUCCUUGUCCUGCCUGCCCAUUUCAGCUAUAUCAUGAACACAGGCGAGGCCGCUCAGUGGCUA